UCUACUCCAUCUAUAUUCCUUGAUCCAGUCACUCUAUUGGGAGUCGUACGCAGUAAUAGUUGGAAUGAUCGGGCUUGUUGAGCAAGAAAGAAAACAACGGCAUGACCUUGGUCACCCUCAACAAAAACAAACUUUAGUACCUUUACUCUAUUAUGUGACUAAUCGUAAUCGUGAUCGUGAUCGUGAUCGCGAAUAGCAGUGGCCUACACACAGUGCACAAAUGGCAGUACUACCACUGGUAAAACUAGGAACACUUGUUUUGAGAACAGUAUGCAAACCCAUCGCCAAUAGGUUAAAGAAAGAAGCCGGAUACCACCCUAAGUUUCGCAAUUUCAUCAUCAGCAUUGCACAGGCCAAUCACAGGUUUACCACAAGAAUUCAGAGACGCAUUUAUGGUAAAGCUACUGAUGUUCUCAUUCGUCCUCUUGAUCAAGACAAGGCUGUUCAAGCUGCUGCUGAUCUUCUUGGAGAACUCUUCGUCUUUUCUGUUGCAGGAGCUGCUGUAAUCUAUGAGGUGCAGAGAAAUGCCAGAUCAGAGGCAAGAAAGGAAGAACUACGCAGACAAGAAAUACAGGCAAUAAAGACUAGGAGUGAAGAGUUGAGCAGGGAAAUUGAACUUCUUGAACAAAAGCUUCAUGAGAUGGAAAAACUUGCUAGAGGGCGGGGGCUUAUUGGAUUUUUUAACUUCAGACUCAGCAACGCCGGUGAAGAUUUAAAUCAAAAUCCAAUUGAUUGUAGCAGAUGUUAAGCAUUGCAUGCUGAUUUUAUAUAACUUUAGAAGUAUAGUUCAUAGGUUUGGGAAUUGAUGCUAAUAACGUGUAAGCACACGCAUAUUACAUUUAAAUGUGGUGAGGAUUAGUCUUAAACACACCCAUCCUCAAGAGAUAAAAAAAUGCAGAACACAAAUUUGCCAAUGUGUUCUUGUUAAAAAACUUCUUUCUGAACACUAAUAUCAUGUUUGGUUUUCUGUUGAGAAUGUGUCAACCACCUUUGGGCAAAAGCUACAUGAGAGCAGAACAUUCCUGAUAGAAGAUAUUCACAGCUCUCAAGCCUCUAGAUAAACUACAUUUCUCUCAUCUAAAGUUUUGUUUGUCAUUCACUUGCUACUGAUCACAUUUUUCAAAUGAUUGACAGAAAGUAAAUCCCUUAUCAUUUUUUUUUUAAAUUUUGUAAUAAUUGCUUGAAAUUAUGUAAAUGAAAUCAGAUAUAGUAUAGUUUCUUUGA